AUGGCAAGAACUAAGCAGACCGCUCGCAAAUCUACCGGUGGCAAAGCCCCCAGGAAGCAGCUAGCCACCAAGGCUGCUCGCAAGAGCGCCCCAGCCACCGGUGGCGUCAAGAAGCCUCAUCGUUACAGGCCCGGCACCGUGGCUCUCCGAGAGAUCCGCCGUUAUCAGAAGUCCACCGAGCUGCUUAUCCGUAAGCUGCCCUUCCAACGUCUGGUGAGGGAAAUCGCUCAGGAUUUCAAGACCGACCUGCGCUUCCAGAGCUCCGCCGUCAUGGCUUUGCAGGAGGCUAGCGAGGCUUAUCUGGUUGGUCUGUUCGAGGACACUAACCUGUGCGCCAUCCACGCCAAGAGAAGGAGUAAAAUGUCUGGAAGAGGAAAAGGAGGCAAAGGACUUGGCAAGGGAGGCGCUAAGCGUCACCGCAAAGUGCUUCGUGAUAACAUCCAGGGCAUCACUAAGCCAGCUAUUCGCCGUCUGGCUCGCCGUGGUGGUGUCAAGCGUAUUUCUGGUCUCAUCUACGAGGAGACUCGCGGUGUGCUGAAGGUGUUCCUGGAGAAUGUUAUUCGUGACGCUGUCACCUACACCGAGCACGCCAAGAGAAAGACCGUGACUGCCAUGGACGUUGUGUACGCCUUGAAACGCCAGGGCCGUACUCUGUACGGCUUCGGUGGUUAA